AUGUCUCGGCGCCCCAAUCCUGCUGCUGCCAAAGCUGCCGACAAAGCCGCUGCAAAUCAGGCCGUCAUCAAAUCACUACUUAAGCUGCCUGGAAACAAGAUAUGCGCUGAUUGCAAGAGAAAUAAGCUUCCUAGAUGGGCUAGCUGGAAUCUGGGACUUUUCAUAUGUGCUCUGGCAUACAUCGAGGAAUGGGUACUCAUAUCAGCAAAGUCUGUGGAUCUUGACACAUGGACGGAUGAACAGUUGGCUAGCAUGCUGAAAUGGGGAAACACUAAGGCGAACAAGUAUUGGGAAGCGAAUCUUGCGCCAGGACACGUGCCGUCAGAAGCGAAAAUUGAAAACUUCGUACGCACAAAAUAUGAUGCCAAAAGAUGGGUUAUGGAAGGCGGAAUGCCUGACCCAUCUACCCUUGAUGAUUCUGGAGAAGAGGACAAUCUGCCUUUGAAAGUUGUCCAGCAGAAGCUGGAGAACAGACAAACAUCCUCCCCCCCCACGGCGCAACAAGCACCGAAGCAACAGCAAACCAUUAACCUCUUCGAUGAUCUUUCUCCAAUGGAGCUGCCAAGGUCCACUACCGCACCUCCGGGAAAUAAGAAUCAACCUUCCCCCAAGAGUGCUCCUGCUCCACCAAAGUCUACAAAGCCGGCCGAUUCUCUUUUGGGCUUAGAUUUUUUUGGAUCGUCGGACCCGACUCCAGCUCGCCCAGCUUCCGUAAAUUCAAACCCAGUAACAAACACCGCCUCAUCUCGGCCUGAUCUCAAUAGGUCAAUUCUCUCUCUAUAUGCCUCCAAGCCGCAGCCUCGGACCCAACAUGCCCAGAACUCUUCAUUCUCUGGUAUGUCACAGCCUUCGGUUCACCAGCAUACGGUAUCCUCAGGUCUCGGAGAUCUUAAUGACGCAUUUGGAGGGCUUGGGUUUUCUUCACAAAGCACCGGUCCCUCUAUAUCCACCAUACCCGUUGCCCAAUCAACAGCGCCCAAGCCUUCUCCAUUUGCAAACCUAACAGCCGGGAUGAUGAAGUCCUCGGCUGGUUCUCAACUAUCGCCUACUUCAAGCAAUGGAUUCUUUGGGUCUUCGACAUCUACAAAGCAAUCAAUUUAUUCAAAGACUAGUGGGUCGUCUGCCAUGGACGAUUUGUUUGACUUUUCCUCGACACCUGCGCCUGCAGUGGCUGCACCGGCCAUGUCCACUAUGAGUGCAUUUAACUUGACUGCCACUAAUGCCACUGCCCCUAAACAGCCAACCACGCCGCAGUUCUCAUUUGAUGCAAAUGCAUGGGCUGCACCGGCUGCGACAAUCUCUACGGCUUCAAACAAUGAGUCUGCCUGGGGGACGUCGAUAGGAAGCGCUAGCAUUGCCUCCAACGCAUGGGGCUCACCGGCAACCACAUCCGUUAGUAAGCCACCUACUUCAAUGGUAGGAAUUUCGUCUAUGGCGCCCGCGAAGAGUAGUGAGGAUGAUGAAUGGGGCGCAUUUAGUACUGGAGGAGCUGCAACAUCAGGAGCACCAGUGCAGACAACCGGUUUUGGUCAGGACGAUCUGUUCGGGAACGUAUGGAAGUAG